UCCCUUUCUGGCCGCAUCGUAGGAGGGGCCUGGUGGUUUUUUACCCUCAUAAUUGUCAGCUCUUAUACCGCGAACCUUGCUGCUUUUCUCACUGUUGAACGAAUGUCCAAUCCGAUCCAGUCAUAUGAAGAUCUGGCCAAACAGACUCGUAUCAAGUACGGCGUAAUCAACUCAGGUUCUUCUAAAGAGUUUUUCGAGGUGACUUCCCCAUGCUUAGCUUUGACCUCUUUCAGAUUUCAUUAUUAUUAUCGUUCUGCUAUUUCUAAAAAGAAAUUUCUGUAUACUGGAGUCAAAAAGAAUUUUUUGAAACAUCUUUCGUACGAGCAUUAA